AAAAUAACAAAGAAACGAACUAGUUAGUACAUACGAAAACGAAAGAAUGAAAGAUUGAUGCCGCGUUAUUUGAGCCAUUUCUUUCGAAACCUAUGCAACCUCGCUUUCUCAAUCAACCUGCAACCUUGAUUUUCUGACGAUUAUCUAAAUCUUUUGCUUGCGUUUCUUGCCAUAUGAUUUAGAUUUACAGCACUAGACAUGCAAAGAAAGUAGUUUUCAAAGGCAGAAGAAAAAUAUGCACAAAAAGUCCAAAACGUUGGCUCCUACAGUUUCUUACAUAUAAAGAGGUAUAUAUAAUAUUCUGUUAAUUGGUUUGAGCAAUCUUGGAGGUGUAGAUUAUUUAGGUCAUACCUCAUCAUCUGAUUCACUUUUUCGAUAAAGUCUCGAAUUAUCUCCAAGGGGUUUUGGAGAAUUGAUUUCUCCGAGGAAUGGUGAAAAUUCUGGGGAGAAAUUAGAAGAAUGUUUCGAGGGCUUGAUGUUAUUCAUCUUUUAAUGGUUGUUAAUUUCAUCUGGGGACAAUGACAAGUGAAGUUCCUGGGACUUCUGAAGAAAAAUCCAAGGAAUAUGUUAAGGAAGCUGAUAGUAGUUAUGGGAAUAAUAGACUUCUGCUCAACAUUUCAGUACAAACUGGUGAAGAAUUUUCACCCGAGUUUCUUAGAGACCGUUAUCCGCCACAUGGUGGCAUUGAUGUGGAUCAAUAUAAACACAAGGUGGGAUUUUAUGCUGAUAAUGGUCAGCAGCCUGUUCAUAAUGAAAAGAACGAUGGUUUGAUCGAAGGAACAAAACGAAGAUCACUGUCUAAUGAAAGUAUAUAUGAUAGAGCUACUCAAAGUCCUAGUACUCCUGUCCAUAAGUCGAAUUCUCCAUUUUCUUACCAGUCUUCAGCUCAUAAAUCAGGCUCUCCAAACUCAUACCAGCGCAGUUUUGGGUAUGAUGAUUCUGGAGUUUCAGAUGGUAAUUCUUUCUCUGGGAAAAUGAAAUUUCUUUGCAGUUAUGGAGGAAGAAUACUGCCAAGACCAAAUGAUGGGAAGCUUAGAUACGUAGGUGGUGAGACCCGAAUCAUAUCUAUUAGGAAAAAUGUAACUUAUGUGGAACUCAUGAGGAAAACUUUUGCUAUAUGUAAUCAGCCUCACACUAUUAAAUACCAGCUUCCUGGCGAAGAUCUUGAUGCACUUAUUUCUGUAUCAUCUGAUGAGGAUCUGCAUCUCAUGAUAGAUGAGUAUCAUGAUCUUCAAAGAAGCUCUCAGAGACUGAGGAUCUUUCUUGUGACUGUUAAUGACUCCGACAACUCAUGUCAUCAUGAUAAAAGGGCAGUGCAGCAUAGUGAUGCAGACUAUCAAUAUGUUAUCGCUGUAAAUGGUAUGCAAGACCAAAAUCUUCAUAAAAGCUCAAGUAGAGAGAGCCUAACAAGUUAUUGGGGAGUUAAUUUGGAGAAUAGUCCAACCUUUCGAAGAGAUUCUCCUACAUUUCAUCCAUGGGAGAUUCGGGAUGGUGGGAGCUCCAUAAAUAACAUGAUGCUCUCUAACCUAAAUCCUCAGGCUUGCAAUUCACCACAUCAUAAAGGCAGGCCACUUGUCCGAUUACCUUCUUUUCCUGCACCCAUGCAGAAAGCUUGUAACAAUUUGCCAAUGAAGAUCUACGAGGUAGGUACACUGGAAGACAGUUAUGAAGUAAGAACUCAGUGUGCUUCAAAAAGAAGAUCAAAUGAGAAUAUCUAUCGUGAUAAUCAAGACAUAUAUGUAACAGAAACGAACAAUAAGGAUGCCCCUCUCAUAGACCUUGAUCCAUCUUCUCCACUAUAUGAUCAAGCUGGAGAUUUAGAAACUGAUAACUAUAUGCUCGACAAGUUGGAAAUUCAUUCUAAGAAUUUUCCAUAUCAGAACAAAACUAAUCUACCAUCUGACUCAAACCUUCCACAUUCUUAUCACAAAAUAGCUCAUCUAAAAAUGCCACACAACAAUAGGCCAGAUUUGUAUCUGAAAAAGGGAAUAAUGGCCUCCUUAUCCAACAGUGAACUUGAAAGAUUACCCUCUGAUGCAUCAACCUUGUCACCAGAAUGGAGAAUGCAACAGACUGAGCCUACAGAUUUAAUUACUUUCAAGGCAUCGAAUGCUAGCAAGACAUGCAUUGAAUGGGAUCAAGAUAUGAUAAAUUAUGUGGCAAAUAAAGAAUCUCUUGUUGGCCAAAAUCAGAAUCCUGCUGAGAGAAAUGCUAGUGAAGUAGUACAAACUUACGGCAUGGAACCUAGGUUGAAGGUGGAAAACAUGCAUAUUGAUCCAAACUUAAGAAUUAAUUUUUGUAAGUCAUCACAAGAUGGGUCAGGUGUAAGCUUAAAUUUGAACAAGGAUGAUCCAAAUGUGCCUAAUCUGUCAGAGCUUAGUCCAGUCACGGAUACUAAUUUAGUUAAAGUAGCUUAUUUAUACAGGGAUAUGUUGAAUGAUAGACAAAGUGGCGCUGAAAGAGAAAAUUCCACCAUAAUUGUCGAAUCAGCCCAAAUAGACAAUCAUGACAGAAGUACUGUGCUGAGAGUGCCGGUUAUUAUUGAAGAUGUGACCGACAACUUGCCUCCUGACAUGCCUUCAACUUCUGGAGUUGUCCCACUAGUACAAGAUGAAACUAGUGCAAGUGAUACAGAAUCGGACCUGCUGGACCUAAACUCUGACUGCAAGGAUGGUAUUGGUGCUGGUAUAGGUAAAUCUAUCAGUGAUCCUGUGCUACUUGAAAUAGAAGCAGGCAUCUAUAACUUGCAGAUCAUAAGGAAUGCUGAUCUUGAAGAGUUACAAGAGUUAGGAUCAGGUACAUAUGGAACAGUAUAUCAUGGGAAGUGGAGAGGUACAGACGUUGCUAUCAAACGAAUAAAAAAGAGUUGUUUUGCUGGAAGAUCAUCAGAGCAAGAGCGACUGAGCAAAGACUUCUGGAGGGAAGCUCAAAUCCUGUCUAAACUUCACCAUCCAAAUGUGGUAGCAUUCUAUGGGGUGGUUCCUGAUGGACCAGAAGUAACAUUGGCUACAGUAACUGAGUUUAUGGUCAAUGGUUCUCUGCGACAUGUUCUCCUGAGGAAGGACAGAGCACUUGACCGUCGUAAAAAGCUCAUGAUUGCGCGAGAUGCUGCCUUUGGAAUGGAGUAUUUACAUAUGAAAAAUAUUGUUCACUUUGAUCUGAAAUGUGACAACUUGCUCGUCAAUUUAGGAGAUCCUAAACGACCUAUAUGCAAGGUUGGUGAUUUUGGAUUGUCAAGAAUCAAGCGUAACACACUUGUUUCAGGUGGAGUAAGAGGAACACUUCCAUGGAUGGCUCCAGAGCUACUUAAUGGUAGCAGUAGUCGGGUAUCUGAGAAGGUUGAUGUAUACUCUUUUGGUAUAGCAAUGUGGGAGAUCUUGACAGGGGAGGAGCCAUAUGCAAAUAUGCAUUGUGGUGCCAUUAUAGGUGGGAUUGUAAAUAACACGCUUCGACCACCUAUUCCGAAACGCUGUGACGCUGAGUGGAGAAGGUUGAUGGAGGAGUGCUGGUCACCUGAUCCAUCGUCAAGACCAUCAUUUACAGAGAUAGCAAACAGGUUGCAAGUAAUGUCAACGGCCAUCCAGCCAAAGCGACCUAUUCAGGUGAAGAGAUAAUGUUCCAGUACUUUGUACAGGCCUGUGUAAUCUACAACUACAGGAUUAGAGAAAAGAAAAUGGUAAAUAUAGUAAAAACAGAAAAGAAAUUAGUAUGUAUUGAUCUCUUGAAAUAGCUUUUUUGUAAUAGUUGUAUAAUUUUUCCAGCUCUCCGUUCAGCAAAAAGAUGAAUGCGGUUCAAAAUUCAUUGUCGAUUACUGAAUUUACAA